AUGGAGGCGCUUGCCGGCGCAGACGACGCCGGGUUCCGGCGCCAGUGGCGUUGCGGCGGCGCAUCCGCGGUCUUGCUCUGCUACGCGCCCAGGGUCCGGCCCGCGGGCCAUGGGCGCGCCCGCAAGCUCACGCGACGCCGUGCCUGGUUCUGCCCCGGCAGCCGCAUCCAGCGGGGGCUCCAGUGCUGCAGUUGCGACAAGGGGCACAUGUAUAAGUACUGGCGUGGGUACGUUGAGUCCCCUUCUGGGAAUGGCCAGGGCGGUUUCACGAAGAGGGUGGAUACCGGUUGUCCUGCGUCAGAGAUCUUCAUGCUCAACAAGUCUUUCGGCGUGCAUGAUCAGUGGGCGCAGCGGUGGGCCUGCCGCUUGUACGCGCACAGGGCGCCCUUCCUUGGAGAGGCCCAGAUCUUGCGGGCGUUGGAACCAGAAGUCGCCACGGAGACUCUGGAGCAAUCGCUGGAAUCCGCAUGGGUGCGGCACCAGAUGUGGCAGAGAUCUUUGGAGCGCGAGGGCGCUCGCGCUGCCCUGGCAAGCUCUUUGUUGGAAUUGCCUCUGGAGAGCUUCCUGCAGAGUUGCGCAUCCUGGCACCGCCCUCUCAUGAAGGAGCGCCGCCUCCGCGCGUGGCGGGCCAGCGGAGACAGGAUGGACAUCGUCUGCGUCGACGGCAACGCCAAGCUGCACCGGCGAUCGUGCGGCGCGCCGUGCGCCGAGGCCGUUUACCACGACGCCCUGGACUUGCACUUGGUGCGUGGUUGCCCAGAGUCGCCUUUGCAGAAAGGAGUGCUUUGCCGGCGUCACCAGGAGCUCGCCGACCGCCCUGCCCUCGCCGGAGAAAUCGAAGCGCACCGCGUGCGGGCGCCCCUGUCCGCCAUGGCUUACCUCGACGUUGAAGUGCGAAUGACGGGCUUCGCUAAUUGGCAGCCCGCGUGCACGGUCCCCGACUCGACCGUGCAAGCGUAUUUCGCUAAGAAUGCAGAACAGCGCUAUUGCUUUUUGGCAGACGUGGCAAGUGCCGUCCCGGAGCUCAAGGCGCUCGUGCACGACGACGCGUGCCGCGUGCGUUUAUUCGCCAAGGGCAGGGCGGAGGGCGCAGCGCCCGGCAGCCUGGCCGUUCGCCUGGGCCAGUUUCGGUACGUCGUCGACCGACCCCACAGCAAAGGGCACGUCGAUGCCACGUGCAAGGCGGAAUGCUUCCCAGACGUGCCCGCGAACGCUGCCGCCCUGGGUGAUUUCCCCACGCCGAUAUGCGAGUCUGUCAACGCGCAGCUGUCGCCCUUGGCGCACACCGUACACCACAUGGGGCGGUGGGUCUGCGACUUCAUCGUGGGCGAAUGCGUGGACGUUCACAAUGAGUUGCGCGCCCAGGAAGCGGCGCGCGGGGCUGCCAGGGCGGCCCGGAAGGCAGCCCGGCUCGACCGCGCGCUUCCCCCACGCCCGGUGCCCGCAGAGAUUCCCGCCGCGGGCUCGGCCCCGGCAGGAGCGCCCGCGUGCGCGGGCAGGGCAGCGGCCGCGGGCGCCGCCCCGGAUGCGGCGCAGGCGAUUAUCGCGCGCCGGAGGCUCUUGCCGGUUUGGGCAGCUGCUCUCGCUGACGGCGAGAAGUUUUUCGAGUGCCAUGGGUAUUUUAAAGGGCACCCUGGGAACACAAUGGCUUUCGCAUGCCCUGGGGCCCGGGUCAUUUUCGGGAAGGACACCGCUGCCGGAGUUGCGGUCUGCGCUGGGCCAGCGCAGCGCGGCUGCAAUGCCGACGACGCGCAGCGCUUGCUCCGCGCGAUUCCGGAGCGCCUCCGUGACGAGCUGACCGCGUACCUCGCCCCAGCUCUCUCGUUCGACGUCCUGCACAUGGGCGCUGUCUUCGAUCUCCGCCCCUCGGCGUUGACGUGGCCCGCGCUUGAGGAGGCGCUUGCCGCGCAGCCGCUGCUGCAGAAUCAAGGCUUCCCGCGCUUCCACGGUG